UGAACCAUUGCGGCUCCCCCCUCCCAUCUCGCGCCUUCCCUCUUGUCUCUCCUCGGACUGCUAGCCGUCGGUGUGUGUUGUUGUUGAAGCAAUGAUGGCGGCAGCGGGAUGCGGAUCAGCAACCGCGGCUGCCGUAGGAGGCCAAGGUGGAACCGCUUCGGCCAGAGGUCGUUUCCCCGGUCGGCCUUGGUCGUCACGCAGUCGUUUGCGCUCCGAGAAGCGAUGGCAACUCGGACGAUCAGGCUUAGAAGCUGAUGAUGUGACAAACGGAGGGCCAAGGCCCGCAAACCUGGUUCUGUCGUUAAACGAAGACCAGUCUCACUUGCGCUUACUUGGGAUAGAGGCGAGCCACAAGAUCCUUGGCCAGGCUGGAUACAGCUCUAGUGGGAGUGAAGAGGUGAGGUCCCAAACCGACCCAGGAGGAGAUGACUUCAGAGGAUUUGAAGCAGAGAGAAAAGGCUCCAAAGGGCCUGUAUGGUCGCGACAAAACCCUUCCAAAGGUGAUGCUGUCAACACAAAAUCUAAACGACAAAGUGAGAAGCUACCGCUCAAAACGCCAGCAUUGGAGGCAGCUAUUACCCCACCUGAUCCUGUAAAAGAUGUUAAAUCUUUGGAGGAAAUACACAGCUUAUCUGCUGAAGCAGAGCCUGCAAAGGAUUGCAGGAAAGGCUCGAAAGGAAAGAAAACAAACUCCACUAAAAGCGGAGUGUCAUCAGCAGCGCCGAGGAUUACUAUAAAGUUGGUGGCCAAAAAGAAAAUGAAAACCGCAAAGGAGCCGAAUAAAAAAUCAGCGAAGAAGUUGAAGAUAAAAGGAAUUCAGGAUCAGCCUAAAGCCAAGGACAUUCAGGGCGACCAGAUUUCAAGUGCUCACGUCAAAUUAAAAAUUGAACCGCAUGAGGAUAAACAUGGUACAGAAGAUAAAGGAGGGGGGACGGUACCUGCAAGAAGGCGCGGGAGAUCUGCUACAAAGACAGAACCUGUCUGCCAGACUAGCGCCAAAGUUGUGGUUGAUGACCAAAAAACAAAAGAGAGUAAAUCAGCUGACCAAUUUGACACUGUAAAGGAGAGCGGGACUGUAGAGCCAAAAAUGAAUGCGAAGAAAUUAAAGCAUAAGGAAAUUGUGACUGAGCAGAGCUCUGAAGUUAAUGUGAUUCGGAGGAGCAACAGAGCAACACUCUCUAAAAGACUCUCAGAUGGAGCAGCUGAAUCAGAAAGUCUGAGUAAAAGUGAUGCCAUUCUGACAGAGUCAAAGCCAGAUGUUUCUGUAACAGCGGAGGCCAAGCCAGCAAGAAGUGACAGACGAAGGCAAAGCAAAAGGCUGAACAAGGAUGCUACAGAACCAGAAAAUCUUGGUCCCUUGUCCACAGAGACUGAUAAUUUAACUUCACCAUCCAGUGAUAGUUUGAAAAAUGAGGAAACAAGGGUCCCAAGUUUAAAGUUGAAAAAGAUCAGAAACCCAAAAUAUGAUGCACGGGCCAGUGGGAAGAAUCCAGAAAAAGGAAGAAGAAAGAAAAAGGUGAAAAAAUUUGUCUGGACUUUAACGUUAGAGAAAGGAGGAAGUCCGAUACUGGGUGCAGAAAACACUGUCAAAGUAACAGAGAAGACUGUGAGUGAAGUGGAUCAGUCAAAUUUUUGUGAUGCCAGUGUCAACAACAGUUUGAUAGAGAUGGAUAAAAAAUCACAGACGGAUAACUCAGCCCCACAAGAGAGUAAAAGCAUGGACAGUAAUAAGGAUUCCCCAAACCAGGCUGACGAGUCAUCUGAGGAAAAGGCCACCGUACAUGUGGAAGAUGAAGUGGAACAUGUAAAUGAACUCCCUUCACAAGAAACAGCUAAAACAGAUUGCGGGAAAGUUGUCCCACCACUUCAGAUCAAAAAGGUCUCAUCUCCUGGUAAACAUAAAAGCUCAAAGCCAUCCUUUUUAAUUCAGCAAGUUAGUCCCGUGCCUGAAAAGAAAGAGGAUGUUCUGAAAGAUUUAAGCGAAGCUAACGAGGAUAAAUCACCAUGUCCGGAUACUGAAGUCACACCAACCAGGAGACUAAGAAGGAGGACAUCAAGCUUUGAUUCACCACAGACAAAGUCUGUCAGUCAUAACCCAGUGACUACUCAGAAACGGAGACUAAGAACGAGUCCACAGGACGAAGUUACGCCACAGGUGCAGGCUGAAGAUUCUUCCCAGGCUUCAACUGAGGAUUCCAGCUCACAUGGUCUUCCUAAAAACUCCUGUCAGGUUUUGUCUGAGGAACCCUCGCAGGUAACCAGUGUAAACUCCCCUGAAGUCCCUAUUGAGGAUUCCUCAAAGAUCACUGAAGAACCUCCACAGGUGCCAGGUGAAGUUUCUCCACAGACGGUGGAGAAUGAGGUAGAACCACAGAUCAAAGAGGCCAAACCAUUGCCCGUGCCUUCCAAACCUAGAAGAUGUAGAAAUAAUAAAUUAGGAAAAAAGAGGUCUGUUCAAAAGAAGAAGGCUGUUGUCGCUCCUGAAACGGCUGUCGACACAGAGUUGACUGCAGUUGAAGCUACUAUCACAGAGUCUGUGCUAAAGGAGGACACUCAGCCUUUAGAAACAGCGGUAACUCAGUCAGAAACAAAUGAUUGCACCCAGCCUGAGGCAAAACAGGACACUGUGUCAGUGGAAGAAGAGCAGAUACAGCCACCGGUAAAAGAGGAAACAGACAUUCAGUUGAUAGAUAGUCAAGAAUCUUUAGCAUUAGAAAGUCAAGCAAGUGAUCCAAAAGCACCGUGCCUACAAAGGAAAUCUCUCAAAAAAGUAAAAAAGAGGCGGAAAAGUUUGAUUGGGCAGCGCCAGAAACACAGGCACAGAAGCAGAGAUGGGAAGUUUGCUCCACUUAAAUUAUCAGAAAAUAGUCCAAAAAUUGUUGAGGAGGAUUGUGACAUUUCUACUCCUUUGGCAGCUACCACACUGACACCAAGCGCCAAACUUAUUGGUAUACAUAAAAAGUACAAAAAGAGACCGACAAGUCUACAAUUGUUUGGGUCUAAAAGGCCAAAACCGCAAGCUAAAAUCAUUCCUAAGCUGAUAGAAAUAGGGCUUGACAAAGAUAGUUUGAAGCAGGAAGAAACUGACACGUUAGUUGAUGGGGGACAAGCAGAUGUUGUAGAUGCUCAGCCUGGUAAAUCAAAGUUCAUAAAAAACAUCAAGCACUUCAUUAUGCCUGUUGUAAGUGCCAGAUCCUCACGAGUGAUCAAGACCCCACAAAGGUUCAUGGAUGAUGCUGGAAUGUCUGUAUUGCCCCGAAGAAACUCUCCAAAGAAGGGUUUACAACUGGGCUUGCAAGUACGUCCCACAAAGAGGCGAGAUGAUGGGACAGGCAGAGCAAUAUCCCCCAUCCUGCCAAUGGACGAGGAGGACAUAUUGAGUGAAGCUCAAUUGGAUGUCGAUCUGUUUUCAGCUCAGGACCUAGAUGACAACAUUGACAUUGCUGACAGCCUAUUUUCUGAGAGAAAAAGUGGCAAAAUUGAGAAGAAGAAGUCUCUUCUAAAGAACUCUAGUUUCAAGUGGCACGUGCCAGAAGAGUCUAACAAGGAAGUAUAUACACUGGACAAAACUCCAGAGAGCAAAUGUGAGGAUCUGUUUUUAUCGACACCAGUUGAUAAGCCCACAGAACUGUCUACUGAACUACUGGAUGCUCAGAAAAAGAAAAGUCCCCUAAAGUUUAACAAACAAACAGCUCACCUCAAGAUUUAUCAAAGGUUAAAGAAGGCACACGCAGGACUUCUCAAAAGCAAGAACCCAACAGAGAUGGAUAGUGUGAGUAAACCUCCUCAGCCUCCCGUUGAUUUAGCAGAAGGACUUGAUGAUGAGGCCAUGAGCAUUAGCCUUAGGCAACGAAGUACAAAAGCAGAGAAGGACAAAUCCAAGCUCAAGAUAGAAGACCUUGAUUCACCUGGAGUGGUGAGAAAAGUUUCUGUUUGCGUUAGGACUACAAAUUCCAAGUCUCUUGUGCUUCAGCACAGUAAAGAGGAGGAUUUAGCAGGGAAAGACGCUGCUCAACUUCACCCAGGAGAGCUGCGGUCAGAACUGAACUCAGGCGCAGGCGAUUGUCUUGGAUCUGUGGAGAAGGGAGUUUCACAAAGAGCGCGCCUUACUGGUGCAAAUAAAAGAAUGUUCAAUCUCCUCAGGAAAGCCAAGGUCCAGCUCAUUAAGAUUGACCAGCAGAAACAACUUAAGUCAUCAGGGCUGUUAUCUGGCCCGGCUGGCGCCAGGUCUCGGGAUGUGACUGCUAAGAGACAAAGGAGGAAGCAGAGGGUUCAGCUUGGUGCUGAUGUUUCAGUUAAGACAGAGCCACCUCAAGGACAACCGCAGCUCAUCUCUCCACUGUGCCAGGAGUUCCGCAGAGCAGGAGGUCCACGUAUCAAGCACGUGUGUCGUGCUGCAUCAGUAGUGCUGGGGCAGCCUCGAGCAUUGGUGCCAGAUGACAUUCCCAGGCUCAGCGCCUUGCCUCUUCAUGAAAGAACUGGCAUUUCCCCAUCAGACAUCACUAAAGAUGUUGGGUCUCCCUCUGAGUCAGACAGUCCUGGGCUGUCAGAUCCAAAGGUCACCAAGGUCAAAAAGCCGCCGACUUUUGUGAAACGGAAAGGACUCGGGCCAUUUGGUUACCGCUCUCGGAGGUGUGGAGUAUGCAAAGGCUGCAACCACGAGGAUGAUUGUGGCAAGUGCAUGAACUGCCUUGACAAACCCAAGUUUGGUGGUCCCAACACCAAACGGCAGUGUUGUGUGUAUAAGAGGUGUGAUCAAAUUGAAGAGAGGAAAGCACGCAGACUAAGUGGAAGAACAGCACCGAAAGGUUCCUCCAAGCGACGGCGACCCUCUUUCAGUGGGGGUCAUUCGAGUAAUGACGAAGGGAACGAGGGUGCUGCGGACUCACCAUCUGGUCUCCAAGGUGACGACCACAGCCCAUCAGUAAGGAAGCAGCCAAAGCGUAUUGUGAAACCCCGCGUCUACUUUGACCUGGUGGACUACGACUCCGAUCUAGAUGACAAAGCUGUCCAAAGCUCUGCCUCGCCAGCCAGGAGAAGGGGUGCUGGACCCCGUUUCAGUCAAGACUUUGUGUCACUGGAUGGAUUCCUUGGAGACAUUUCAGAUGAUGAAGUCAGGCAUCGAAAGUCCAGCUCACAUCGUGUACCACCUGGUCGACGUAAAUCUGAAAAGGGUCCUUUGGAGCAGACCCCUCCCAGUGUCCUGGCUGCCUUGGCUCAUGGAUUUGAGCAGAGAGAUGUUGAGUGUUCCAAACCUACUCACAAAAUCAGGGUGGACUUCAAGGAGGACUGUACUUCGGAGAAUGUCUGGAAUAUGGGUGGUUUAAGUAUAUUAACUUCUGCGCCCAUCAUGCCACCUUAUGUCUGCUUCCUUUGUGCCAGUAAAGGGCAACACGAGAUGCUGUAUUGCCAAGUAUGCUGUGAGCCUUUCCACCAGUUUUGCCUUGAACCAGCGGAGCGCCCCUCUGAAGAGAACAAGGAAAACUGGUGCUGUCGUCGCUGCAAGUUUUGCCACGUGUGUGGGAGGAAAAACAAGCACUCAAAGCCAUUAUUGGAGUGUGAACGAUGCCAGAACUGUUAUCAUACCUCCUGUCUGGGACCCAAUUAUCCAAAACAAAACAAGAAGAGGAAAGCCUGGGUCUGUAUGACAUGCAUCAGGUGUAAAAGUUGUGGUGUCACACCUGGGAAGAGUUGGGACACUGACUGGAACCACGACAAAGGACUCUGUCCAGACUGUUCAAAACUCUAUGAACUGGGUAACUACUGUCCAAUCUGCUUCAAGUGCUAUGAGGACAAUGACUAUGACAGUCAGAUGAUGCAGUGUGGCACCUGUAACCACUGGGUACAUGCCAAGUGUGAGGAUCUAACAGAUGAGCUGUAUGAGAUCCUGUCCAGCUUGCCAGAGAGUGUAGUGUAUUCAUGUCGGCCAUGCAGUGUGACCCAGCCCAGUGCCUGGAGAGAGCUGCUCUACAUUGAGCUCAGGGCCGGGGUGGAAAAGGUGCUCGCUUGCUUGCUUUCAUCAACCCUCACCCAGCACCUUGUUACUUGCUCACAGUGUGAGAAGUUGGUUGAUCCUGACAGUGGAAUAGAGGGACAGCCAGCCUGUGACCUCCGAGCUGUAGGCAAGAAGUUUGACAAAGGCCUUUACACCACACUGAAAAUGUUCCAUGAAGAUGUAGUUCAGGUGGUACGAAAGAGGCUUGAGCAAGAGGACGAUCUUCCAGAGGAGCAGAGACCCACUGCUCUGGCACGCUCUUACUACUUAAAGCUCCUUGAGGAGGUUUUUAAUUGGUUUAACAGCCAAGACCCAAAGGUGUGGAACCCUUGUACCAAAGACUUGCCCAUGGGGAUGCUGUCACAUGCUGUUCAUCCUCCUACAACGGAGCAUGUUUAUGCUCAGUGGCAGGAGAGGGAGGAGUUCUCUUCCAUGGCUCCGCUGGGGCUCCUGCAGGAGGACAACGGACAAAGCUUAGAUGUAAAGGAAGAAGAGGCAGUUUCUCCGAUGUCUGGGGAGCCAACGUGCCGGAACCACUUCAAAACCAGCAGGGCUGUCAGGCUCAAAUUCAAAGGGAAAAGGGGGCGGCUUUCAAAAGCAGAUUUAGACACCGGAUGGUCUAAGGAUGAUGAGAGACAGUGCUCUUUGUGCCAAAAAUAUGGAGACCUCAAACCUAAUGAAGCAGGAAGGUUGCUAUACUUGGGCCAGAAUGAAUGGGCACAUGUCAACUGCUGUCUGUGGUCCGCUGAGGUGUUUGAAGAAGACAAUGGUUCUCUGCUGCAUGUACACAGUGCUGUCACAAGGGGCCGCUUGAUGCGGUGUGAACGCUGCAACCAGACGGGUGCCACAGUGGGAUGCUGCCUGACAUCUUGUCAAAGCAACUAUCACUUCAUGUGUGCCCGCUCUCGUCACUGUGUGUUCCAGGAUGAUAAGAAGGUCUAUUGCUACAAACACCGACAUCUCAUCAGUGGCAGGAUGAUAACUGGUCAAGAAUUUGAAGUAAACCGCAGAGUGUAUGUUGAUUUUGAGGGCAUCAGCCUCCGCAGAAAGUUCCUGACUGGUCUGGAACCAGAAUUAAUCAACGUGAUGAUUGGUUCCUUACAGAUAGACAGACUGGGUGUGCUGACAGAACUUUCAGCUAGCAAAGGAAAACUGUGUCCUGUGGGUUUUCAGUGCUCUCGUUGGUACUGGAGUACAGUUAAUCCAUUGCGACGAUGCAAAUAUACAUGUACAGUCAGGGAGGUCCGACCUGUUGUCCCUGAGAAGCCUGUUGAGGAGAUGCCUGAUCAAGGAGACAAUCACACCAUUGCUCACAGCCCCUGUCCACUACCCGAAUCUGAAGCCCAAGUGACUGAUAUAACAGAACCCCAACCCCCAAUGGAGGAAACCUUUGUCCAAGGACCUCCCUCCAAGUUAGAUCAUGGUGCAAGGCCAAAGAUUCCCAGUUAUCCCCAAACCAGGAGACCAGCUGGAGGAAUGUCCCGACCUCUACCAUCCCCAGGAUUAACCCAGGUGAAACCCCACCACAUAUUAACCAUAAGUGAUUUGGAGGAGACUCGACGGGUGCGUCGCCACAGUCCACACUCACAGACAACAGGCUCCCGUACUCACAUAUCCCCCCCUCCUCUGGGCCCUCUGACUGGACCAAUAACGCUCCGUGCUGGAAAAUCUUCCCAUCCCACUUCCCCACUGUUUCCACUUGGUGCUACAGACAACCUAAUAACUUCUCCAUCAUCCCGCCCAGUCGGAGGUAGAAGUGCUUCCUCAGUCCGAUGUCCUGGGAAUACAAUGACCCAUUGUACCUCAUCUUUCUUUCCUCAGUCUACAUGGCAGGACAGUGCAGGCAGCUUUCCCUCUCCAAAUCUGUCUUUCUCUUCAUCCAUACAACAUCUACCCAGAAAUCGUUUGUCAUUUGAUCUGAGCCAGCCAGACUCAGUUGAGGUGCCGCACAACUUCUUAGCUUCACCAGAACCUGAAGAUGUCUCUCCAGCAAAUGGUUCGUCACCACAGGGGGACUUAAACCAACAGAAGGGUGAAGAAGAAUUUCCCUACAGUUCAUUCCACAAGGAUCCCACCAUGAGUCUUGGCCAAGAGAUGAGGACAGAACUGGAGAUUGAAGAGACACUCUUGAAUGAAGGUGUGGCAAUGAACUGUGGGGGGCAAAUAGUAGUGGAAGGUGAUGAUCAGGAGGAAUUUUGGGGAAGAGCCCAAGAAGUACACAAGAGGAAGCCUCUUGUUGCCAACCUGCCACGGUCAGCAGCCUCAGCUGGGGAUGAGUUAGGCAACAGCUCCUCUGAUGAUGAUAUGGAGCACUAUUUUGACUUUUCGCGGAAAAUAGUCAGUUGCCCCGGAUCAAAAGAUCAUUCCAAGUCUCCCUCCUCCCCUUCCUCCCGGCCUAUGGCUCAACUGGAUGGUGUGGAUGACGGUACAGAGAGUGAUGCUAGUAUGGCGACCAACGAUGAUGCUCAGAAAGUUGAAGGUUCUUGUCAAGCUCAAAUACAGGCCAAAAACCUAAAAAAUAAAAAUCUCCCGGAAUCAGAAACCACAAACGGCACACAGGCUGUUCAGAGUCUGUUUCCUGAAGCGUCAUCCAAUAAAGGGCACAUUGAUUUAUCAUCAGUAAACAUCUCAGCUGCCAGCAAAAAACCCACAGACGGUUCACCUCAUGAUCCAUCUAAAUCCUGUGAUGCGAGUCAUUCAAAUGUGGAAAACAUAUCAUUCGUUUCUCAGCACAUUUCCAGAAACUCUCCAAUCAAAGAGCAAAGCUCUGACACUCCUUUAGUAAAUCAGGAGACCAUGCUUCCUACACCAGUUCAUGAUGCUCUGCCUAACUUACUCACAAAGGUGCCUGCAACCUCGUAUUCAGAGGACUUAUUCCAGGGUUCCAGUUUAGCAUUUGCUUCUGGAACACCCCUUGUUCUUGAGAGAUGUGACACUAGUUCACAUUUACCUGAGAUGACUCCUGGGCUAGAAGGCACACCACUUGAGACCCAACAGUCUGAAGCUUGUAAACCCCUAAACUCAGAGCCUGACAGCAGCCACUUUGUAUCAUCAACUGAGAGGUCUACUGUGUUAAUGAACCACUUGACAGCUAACACAAUGGAACCCUCAUUAGCAAAUUCUGCUGAUAACAGUCAGGGCACACUGCUGGAUCUUCUUCAGCCCUCCCCUUUGAUGUCUGCAGAUGUACAGACCCCCUCUCAAGGCCUUGUUGACUCCCUGCAGAUGUAUUCCUGUUUACCAGGUUUCAGUCAGCCUCCUCUAACAAGUAUCACACUUCAGCCAGUAACAUCCUCACAAGAGUCACCAACCUUCCCAUCAGUAGAGCCUUUGCCUGCUAAACUAACCACCCUCAGUACUGUUGGAGACAUGACCCAAACACUGCUAAAUGUUGCCCCUCAAAACGAUCCAGUGUUAUCAUCUACAUCAGGCACUUGUCCCCCAGCCGGAACUUGUGGUACCAUCACACUACCAAUCUACUCCACACAAACACAGCCAUUAGGUUCUACGUCGGUCACCAUUGUUUCUUCCUCUGCCUCGAUAUCGGCUCUUUCUGGACUGUCAACGCAAUGUUCAGCUAUUCCAACACCAGUCCAAACCACAUCAGCCCCUGUGAUCUUAAACGGUUACAGCUCUUCAUCUGUGCAGAAAGAAGCUACAGCUGGUCAUACCAUCUCCAUCAAUUUUUCUACGCCGAGGCCAACUUUAGAACCUCAGCAGCCAGUGUUACCCCAGGCUUUACCUGGGCAUGCUAUUCUUACUGUGAAGGAGGUAGGAGGACCAAACGUGGAUCCAACACCACACGUCCUGCUGGUGAACCGCCUUGGACAGAUCUUUGUGAAGAACCCAGAAAGUAACACUUUCCAGCUGCCCACUCCGAACUCUCCUUCCUACAACUGUGUCACUCAGAUUGCUAGCCUUUUGCAAAGCAAUGCACUGUCAGCCACACUAGCAGCAGCUGGUAAUAUGACUGCUCCGGCCCCCGCGGCCAACAUAGCUACAGCAGUUGCUCCGUUAGUUACACCGACAGUUCAGAAUCCAACCACAAUUACGCAGCUGCUUACUCAUAAUAGUAAUGGUGCAGUGGCAUCAGUUAAUGUGAAGAAGCCAAGAAAGAAUGCAAAAACAUCAAAAGAUGAAACUGUUUCAGAGGUGAAAAAAACAAAGAAAAAGAAGGAGUCCAGUGCGCCAAGAAAAUCCAAGUCCUCCAAAGCCUCAGGGCAGUCUGCGCUGUCAGUUGAGAAUCCUGCCAUGACUCCUGCUGAAAGUGCUCAAGCAAUUAUAAAUCAAGCAAUGGCGAGUAACUACACCCCAAAGUGGAGUGGGCUUCGAACACUAAGCCCCUCCUCACUGGUUUUGCCACCUGACCUAUUAAUCGAACCAGAGCCUCCAGUAUUGCCUCAAUCUCCAUCACCAACACCAGCACCAGCACCACCUCCUGCACCCCGCCCACGCACCCAUGUCCGCAUGAAGAGAGUGUCUUCGCUUUCAGACCGUAUUGUCACAAAGAAAUCUAAAGUUGACUUCCUACAACCAGAGCCUAUCAGUGAGGAUGAGGAGCACCACAGACCUACCUUUCCAAGCAUCUCUAGCAGGGCUUCAGGAGUCCGCAUCAAGACCCCAACAGUGAAAGGAGUACUGAAUCUGGAUGAGUUAAAGGAGGAGCAUCUAAGUAAUUCUGAUAGCUCAGGAUCGGAGUCAUGGGAUUAUAUCUCUCGGGGAGAAGGCAAACCACAAGCUUGGGAACCAGUGGGACAUAGCACCCUGACCGACUGGAAGAAAUACUCUGGUGCUGCUUCUACCUCAGAUGACGAACCACCACCAUCUGACAAGGAUGAGGAAUGUCCAACCAACAGAGAUCAGCCACACUUACGAUUUGAGAUCACGAGCGAUGAUGGUUUCAGUGUAGAGGCAGACAGUAUUGAGGUGGCUUGGAAAGCAGUGAUAGACGGGGUGCAGGAAGCACGAGCAAUUGCAAGGUUGAGACCUCUGACCUUUCAGAGGAUCACCGGUGCUCAUAUGCUGGGUCUGGUUCAUGACGCAGUGGUGUUCUUGCUGGAGCAACUUCAAGGAGCCCACCGCUGUCAACGCCACACCUUCCGUUUCUUCAAACAGUUCAGCCAGGAGGACGACCUUCCUGUCAAUCCCAGUGGCUGUGCACGCUCUGAGCUGUACCUUAGGAAGUCCACGUUUGACAUCUUUAACUUCCUGGCUUCUCAGCAUAGACAACUCCCUGACAUUGGGCCUUAUGAUGAUGAGGAAGAUGAGGUUCUUUUGAAGUCCACAAGACGGGCUACUAGUUUGGAAUUGCCCAUGGCCAUGCGCUUCAGACAUCUGGAAAGAACAUCAAAGGAGGCUGUAGGCGUGUACAGGUCUGCCAUUCAUGGCCGUGGUCUGUUCUGCAAGAGGAACAUUGAAGCAGGGGAGAUGGUUAUUGAAUAUGCAGGCAUCGUCAUUCGCUCAGUGCUCACUGACAAAAGGGAGAAGUACUACGAUGGCAAGGGCAUUGGUUGUUACAUGUUCCGUAUUGAUGACUUUGAUGUCGUGGAUGCAACCAUGCAUGGCAAUGCAGCAAGAUUCAUCAACCACUCCUGUGAACCCAACUGCUACUCACGAGUGAUCAAUGUGGAAGGCCGAAAGCAUAUCGUCAUCUUUGCUCUCCGGAAGAUCUACAGAGGAGAAGAGCUCACCUAUGAUUACAAAUUCCCCAUUGAAGAUGCCAGCAACAAACUCAACUGUAACUGUGGGGCCCGGCGUUGUCGCCGUUUUCUCAACUGAGACAUCCCUCGUACAAAAAAGGAGAGGAUCCUGUUUACUAGUAAGCCUUAAAUUAAGGUGGCACUGGAUUGGGCUUGGGGAGGUCGUGGGCAGUCUGCACAGCAGGGGAAUUAGCCACUAUGAGACCGAUCAGGAAUAUUUGGCAAACAUUAGAUGAGACGAGAACCUGCACAGAAAAUGCAUUUGAAAAGUUUCUUGCCUGAUAUGUGUUCACAUGGUACUUCUGCGUGUGAUGGGUUCAAGUAGCAAAGCGGUUAAUAUUUAAGGAGGAAGUGGGUUUUUUUGCUCAUGAGAACUUAAAGGUUAAACAGGAUGUUAAAACCAUUGGGGGGGUUCCUGAAUCUGUGAAACCAACAGAAUUUCUUUGAAACACACGUCAAGCCUUAUCUGUUUGAAUCAUUGCUGAAAACCUAUAGCUAGGCUUUGAGAGAUUCCUUAUAUGUUUUAUAUUUCAUUUCAUUUCUGGGGGGAGGGGUGGGUGGGUGUGUCUGUCUGUGGUACACUUGUAAUCAUGAUUGCUCCAUCCUCCAGUGAUGGGAACAUUAUAGCCCCAUCUGUGCAGUGGUGAAGUCAGUUCUUGAGCCAUACAUUCACCCAAACCUUUGUGUUUUUUAAUCCUACAUUUAACACUUCUCAUGUUAUUAAUAUUUGUUCUUUUUAGACUUUUUUUUGUGAAUAACAAAACAAUCAUGGUGCUAAGCUUUGAAAGGUCUUUAGUCAAAUCAGGAAUUGUUUCGCUGUUAAUUCACCCUGCUGAUUUAUCGUUUAUCUUAAAUUUAUGCACUCAAACAGUUCUCUUAUCAUCAUUGGAACAUAUACAUAGUACAUCUGCUAAAGUUCACACUUCUGUUUAUCACCUACUCUCUUCCUGUUGAGUUUAAAAUAGAUUUCCAUGUAACGGUUUCAGUCAACAAUAUGUCAUAUUUAUGAAGACAGAAAAAGUGUCUUUUUUUCUUGAUGUACAGUGUAUGUAGCAAACACUACCCAAGCCAAAAGUGAAGAGUUGUGGUGAAUAUGAGUUUUUUAAAUAUAUAUUUUAUUACUCUCAUGGCAGAUGCUCAUUACCUAUUGCAAUAAGACUUUGCUGCCCUACAGUUGCACAUAAAUAACCAUCAGACAUACAAAUUAUCUUCAUCUCUGUGAAAUCUACAGUUUCUCUGAAUCAGGGAGAGCACUGGUUUAAAAAAUAAAAAAUAAAAAAAAUGUAUCGCCACUGAGUGUGUGCAUUCAGCUCUUGCACCGGGCUCAUUGAGAAAAGAGACUUUUUAGAUGUUGCUGUUGCAAAAAAAACAUUCAGUCUAAAAUGGAGCUGAGAGAAUGCACUCAGCACCUUUAAAAUAAUGUGUAAUGUUGUUCUUAGUCGAUGUUUAGCGCUGUCAUUGAUGAGGCUAACCUAAUUCACACACUGUUCAAAUUGGUAGUUAUAUUUAUUGAUGUUUAGAUUUAUAUUUUUAAUGGUUAACAGUUGUGCUUUGUAUAAACAGUGGCAGUCUAGUGUGUUAGGACACGUCCCCCUUUUGUAUCUUUUUUUUUGGCUUUGUUUAUGAAUGAUGUCCUUUGUUUCACUAAUUUACUUGAAUUUUCUUUUGGGGCAGUUGUGUCAUGCAUUUAAGCCUUUAUGACAGAAAUUGUUCUAAAGCAGGUAUUUUUAAAGAGUCAUUUUUAUUUUAUUUUUUGUCAUGGUAGAUUACUGACGGUCUUAGAAUCAGCCACAGGAGUAAAGUGAGCACUGUUUGCCUCCCUAAGCCCAUGAU